CUUACUUCAUUCAUCACACUAAACACUGUUUGGCAGACAUGCAGAGAGCAGACUGCAGUAGUGGCUGACUAACUAUUGGAAAAUAUGCUGACACAAAACAGCAGGACUGAAGAAAACAUGGUCUCAUUUUGUCAAAUGUUUAAUUGUAGGCAGUGAACGACCACAACAGGAACUAAAUCACUGCUGCACACAUCAGGAUCAAGAAGUAUGGAGGAUUCCAGCCUGGUCAGAUGUGACAGCCUGGAUACUGGGUCAGGGUGUGAUGGGGAGGUGAUGACCCUGAUCGACCAUAUGACCCUUGACCCUGAGGAUUCUGACCCCACAGCAAAUCUCGAGCCUUCACCAGCAGAACUGGCUCAGUGUGAGGCUGAAGUGGGCACGCUGCUCAGCAUCAUUGCUGAACUGAACAAGAAAAUGGGGUCAUUAAAGGCACCAAGUGAACAAGGGGACCUGAGACCACCACGACCAUCCAGGCCUCUGGUUCCAGACCUGCUGUCCCACAGGCUGGCAAGAAGCAGCCCAGAGAGGAACACUGCCUCUGUUGCCACAUCUAAACCUCCAAUGACUGGCCGAGGAGGCAGUGGGGUAGUGUGGACUAAACUCCAGGAGGUUUUAUCAUCAGUGGAGGACUCCAUCAGCUGUAAAAGGUCCUGGGCAGCCCCCAUCACAGCUUCUGACCAGGACAAGCACAAAGAGCAUCUGAGAGCAGCCCAGGAGAGCUGUGUUAAGGCCACUCAGAUAUUAGAGGACAUGGAAAGAGAGUUUGGGAUUUCAUGCCCAUCAGGCCUGCCAAAGGACCAGUCUCAGGAAGACAUCCUGGAUCUGGAGAAGUGUGACUCUGCUCUCAGAAGCACCUUGCAGAGUCACCGGAAGGAGCUGGAAAGAGCACAAAGCGCCAUCAGCCAGUUGGACGAGGAGAAGAACAAGCUGGUUUGUCUCCAUAAGGACUGGAGGUCAGACAGUCGCUCUCCUUCCUACCGGCCCACUUCUGGAGCUCUCAGUCCAGACUGGGCCUCUCCUCCCUUCCCUGGUUCGCCUUUAUUCCACAGAAGAACAGCCAGAGCUGUAACACCUCUGUCUGUGGGUGGGGAUGGUUCUCCACUGGGCUCUGUUAACUCUUGCAGUUCUUGUCCUAGCCCCAUCAGCCUGGAGUCUGAGACAGAUCGACUGAACAGGUGCAUUGAGAGGCUGAGGGCCAGAAAUGAACGGCUGACUGCAGCUCUGGAGCGAAGGAAGGGAGAGUCAGAACAGAUCAGCAUUACACUCAACAGACUUGAGGCUGACUGCUCUGCCCUGCAGAUGGCUCUCAGAUACUGUGAGGAGUGUGAAGAGGCCUACAGCGAGCUGCUGUCACUUUAUGACGCCAAGAAGCAGCAAAGCAUUCCUCUGCAGACAGACUCAGCAGAGGCAGUCAGUGACAGGCAGCAGCCUGACAGUCCAUCAGCUCAGCUCAGGAAAAUGGGAACUGAAGAGCUAUCCACCUCCUUCUCAACAGCAGGGGUCACAGAGGAGACGGAAACACAGAGUCAUGCAGGGCAGAGGAGAUAUGAGCUAGUGGAGCGAGAGGCUGUUCUCCGUCAGCAAAUUGAGCGCCUGAAGAGGGACCGGGCAGCCAUUUGUCUACCUAAGCCGAGCUCAGGAGUUGAGGGCAAAAUUAAUGCCGAAACUGGUCACCUGGCUGGAUCAAGAGGGGGACAUGUGACUAAAGAUUAUGCAAAACCUCCUGAUACCAAGAAAGAGAAGGCUUCCCUCUUCUAUGAACUCAUCUCUGUCAGGGAGGAGAUGUCAGAUCUGCGCUCUCUAAUCCGCCUCAAGGAGAAAGAGCUGAGGUGUCUGGAGUGGAGUUUAAUGGCCCAGAAGGCCCAGGAAGCAGUUGGAGCUUUUGUUCCAGAAAGCCUCAGAGAGGAGCUGGAGGAUCGUAAGACCGAACAACAGAGGCGCUGUGAAAAUGCAGCUCAACUGGGUAGUGAUGGGGACAUCGCUAGGUCUCGAACCAGACCCAUUCUGAAAGAGCUGCAGGCCGUUCUGCAAAGGGAACAAGCCCUAAAGAAGAGACUGGCUUUAGUCCAUGACUCCCUAAACACAGCUCUGUCAGAUAGCACCUCCCACAGAAGGGACAACGGAGAGCAGAUUGCUCGGCUCACACAAGCUCACAGUAAAGCCUUGAGUUCGUACCGGCAGAUUCGCAGGAAGUACCGGGAGCAGGUGUGGAGGCUGGAGCAGAAAGUGGCAGCCAUGACGGAGAGUCACCACCACCAGAGUGGAGCACCGAAAGCUGCAGGGGAGGCCUUGGAGUGGAGGAGGGAAGAGACUGUUCUGUGAUCCUGUGAUCCUUCAAUCAGAUAAUCAGUCUUCUUAAUUUUGCCACAUCAACUACAAUGUACAGCCCUGCUGAAUUCAAGUCACUCAUGUGUUUUUUUUUAUUUGUGAAGUUAUUGCACCACACAGAUUAAAGUUUCAUCACUGCAGAAUUACAUUUUAAAGCCAUGCUCGGAGCUUAACUAUAUGGAUGGUAAUGUCGGUCGGUUGGCUGGUCAGGCCACCACUUCGGUCGAGACUGAAAUACCUCAACAACUGUUGUCUGGAUUGUUGUGAAAUUUAGUACAGAUAUACAUUGCGCCCAGAGGAUAGAUCCUAAUGACUUUGGUGAUCCCCUGAUUUUUCCUCUAGCGCCACCAUGAGGUUGACAUUUGUGGCUUUGAGUGAAAUGUCCCAACAAAUAUUAGAUGGAUUGCCAUGAAAUUUGGUACAUACACUCAUGUCCUACUCAGGAUGAACUGUAAUAACUUUGUAGAUCCCCUGACUUUUCAUCUGGUGUCAUCAUCAGGUCAAACUCAGUUUGUCCAGUUCUUUGGUUGAUUAUUACUUAUUAUUAUUAUUUAUUUUACCAAUUUCCUGCUAAACUAAUAACAUUUAGUGUUUAGUGCUAAUUAGCAAAUGUUAGUAUGCCAAAAUGCUAAACUAAAAUGGUGAACAUGGUAAACAUUAUACCUGCUUAAUAUCAACAUGUUAGCAUUGUCAUUGUGAGCAUGUUAGCAUGCCGACAUUAGCAUUUAUCUCAAAGCACCGCUCUGCCAAAGUACAGUCUACUAGCCUACGCAGAGCUACUAGCAUGGCUGACUGUUAGUCUUGUUAAUAAGAUAUGUUAAGAAAAUAUAGUUGUACUUACUUUAUUUACUUUCUAUCCUUGUAAAGAGAUAUUUAUCUAUCUAUUUAUCUUUCAACCCAUCAAUGACAACUACAGCAGUCUGUCAUUAGCUCUUGAGAAGUAAAUAAGUAUUUAGGGCCGUAGAGCAUGGAAAGCACAGCCUGCUCUGCCUUUUCAAACCUUGUGAGAGUUACCAAUAAACUGAACAGGAUUCCAAAGCAUUACAGGUCUAACAGGACUCACGCAUCACAAGACACAUGCCAGAGAAACAGCUGUCAUGUAGUCAUGAAUGUGUUAGGCUGACUCAAGAACUGAACCCGAGAGCGCACAUGUCCUUUUUCUCGUACAAUUUAACUCUAUAAAGCCACUCCCGGCCGACCGUGCUGUCCCGACAAAGCUCCGAGAAGGGGGAGGGGGGCCAGGACAAUGGCACACAUGAUGUGCACACAAAAUGUACGGCCAGCCCAUUUGUCUUCUAGCACUUUCAUGGUUCUCUCUCUCUCUCUCUCUCUCUCUCUCUCUCUGCCUUUCACUAUGUCCACUUCUCUUAAACUGUCAGUUUACCCUAAUUACACUGAAAACAUUUUCAUACUUAUUUCUAGUAGCCAUGCAAAUAGUUUAAGAUUUCUCAGAUACUAGGUGACAUCUUCUUUCAUCACGAUGAACAUGGGCACUUAUUUUGAGUCAAUCCCACAUACACCAUUCUACUGCUGUAAGUAUUAUCUAGAACUCAAAAGGUGUUUUUAUUUGAGUGCAAAAUAUGUGCAGUUCCCCUUUAAAGGAAAUAUUUUGGACAGAAAUUGGGGGAAAGUGGGUCAUUUGCAUAAAACACACUUUUAAAAUAAUUAUUUUUCUCAAAUCUGGAAACAACAAAAUGUGACAGUAGUACAAAUAAAACAUGAUAUAGAACAAAACAUUGUCAAGGAGAACUCAUAUAUACAUAUACUUUCUUAUUUCCAGUUAUUACAUAUUUAAACAGUUAAUUGAUAAUACAGUAUUUUAAUUGAUUAUUAAUAUUGAGACAUUAACACAUUUUGGUUUUGGUCAUUUCAUUGGAUUUGUUGCCAGUGGGAAGAAUAUUAAAUAAUGCCAGCCUUAUCCUUUAUAUGCUGUGAGCACAACAAAUAUAAAAAUUCCUUUCAACUUGAUUGUAUUAUUCAGUAUAUGGAGGUAGAAGUCCCAAAGACGGAUAUUUCAAAACCUGUACAAAUAAAAACUAUCUGUACAGACAGAUACAACUGUAGGUAUUGAGAAAAUAUAUUUUCAUUAUAAUUUGGGUGAACCGACCCUUUAAAAACCCAGCUUACUCUUACCUUCUCUUCAUCCUUUGCUCUUUACCUCUCACUCAUACCUAAAUUUUCCUACCUUUAACCUUCAUUUCCUCUCCCUCCAUAUUCUCUCCUCACUCAUCUCUCAAUCAUCUCUACGCCCUCUCCCCCUUCCAGCCGACCCUGAGCCCUGACCUACCCAAGCCAGUCAGCUGCAGCUGUGACCGGCGGUCAGGAGGUUAAGGCAAAGGUUGAGUGUCACACCCACAGGGUCACAGUGAUGCCUGGCUGUUGUGUUAGCUUGUGAAUGGAGGGUUCAGCGUGCCAGACGAGGUGGCGAGCCCCUGACGCCCUGACUCUUGCCUGAGCUUGCCCUUUCCCGAGCAGAGGUCACCGCAGAGGGCCUGUCCUUGCCACUCCCCCCAAACCUCCAGGUCACCAUCGCCGUUGUUGUAAUAGCUGCCUUUAGAGCAGAUGAUACAAUUAUCCUUCUAUUUUGUGUUCGCUCUCUCUAAGAUCUAUGUUAAGCUUCUGAGUUCAUCAAAGGUUUUUUAGACGACAUGAUUGUUGUAACCUCUGGGUGACUCUUGUAUCGAAGAGGCCACAUUACACCAAAAUGUCCAAUGGAAAGAAAAAGGUAUUUUUAUCAUGCAUGGCUCAAUAUAUGUACAUAUAUACAGAAGUGGAAGAAGUAUUCAGACCCUUUACUUAAGUAAAAGUAACAAUACAACAAUGUAAAAAUGCUCCUGCAUUCAAAAUCUUACUUACGUAAAAGUACAGAAGUAUUACCAGCAAAAUGUAUUUAAAUUAUCAAAGUAAAAGUAGUCUUUCUACAAAAAUGGAUCUGGUUAGUGAUUUAUUAUAUACUACAAUAUAAUUUUGUUAAUUAAUACUGAUGCAUCAAUACAUAUGUUGCAUUUUACUGUUGUAGUUGGUUGAGAUGGAGCUAAUUUUGACCAAUUCAUAUAUCGUCAAGUAGUUUAAUUUAUACCAGUGAAUUGUAUUUUAUAAGCUCAUCAUAUGAUUUUUUUAUGUAAAAUCCUAAUAUGCUAAGUAACUAAUUACUAUACAUGUAGUGAAAAGUAUAAUAUUUGCCUCUGAAAUGUAACAGAGUAGUAUAAAGUAGCAUAGCAUGGAAAUAGUCAAGUAAAUGCAAGUACCUCAAAAUUGUACUUUAGUACAUUACUUGAGCAAUCGUACUUUCCACUUCUGCAUCUCUCUCAGUAUUACAGCCUCAGGACUUGUAUAUAUUAUUACUUCUCAUUCUCUCACCACACUGUGGGAAAAGUACAUAAGUAUUAUUAGCAAAAUGUACUUAAAGUACCAAAUCUAAACAUACACAGGGCAGAAAAAUUAACCCUGUGAGUGAUGUAUUAUUAUAUCUUAUUUUAUUGGAUUAUUAUUAUUGAUCCAUUAAUGUGUACGUUGCAUUUUGCUAUUGUAGCUGGUUGAGGCUGAACUAAUUUUUAUUUAGUUUUUUGUUUAAAGAUAUAAGAUUUAUUGUAUAUGGGUUUUUUUUUUGCUAUAUAAUUUUUUAUUGUAUCCACAAAAACAGAACAAACAAACAAACAAAUGCACUCCUAAUAAAAUCACAAUAAAAGAGCAAAUACAUAGAGUUGAUAUAAAGUUAUAAAAUUACCAUCAGGGGUUGACAAAUUCAGGCAGAAUAAUUUUUACAGUCAAUCCAAUAACUAUAAUAUACAUAUAUAUAUAUAUAUAUAUAACAGCACAACAGACAAUAAUAUUAUCAUUUUCAUCCUCACUAUUAUUGAACUACAUUAAAAUUCUAAUUUAUAUACUGUUAGGUAGUUUAAUCUAAAAUCUAUAUACUACUCUAUGUAUCAUGUUUAAUAAGAUCCUUGUAUGUUUUGUAUGUAAAAUGUAAAUUUGUAAAGUAACUAUUUUGUAUGGAGUAUGUCAGUGGAGAACUGGUGUAAAAGAACAAUAUUUCCCUUCUGAAAUGUAGUGGAGUAUAAGUAUAAACUAUCAAAUAAAAACUAUCACUUAGAAAUUGUACAAUACAGUAUUGAGUAUGUGCACUUGGUAUCAUGCCCCCACUGGAACUCAUUGAACUGCUGGAGGUUUUUAACAGCUUUUAAAUAAAUGUUAUUCAAACAUAUUUCAAAAUUUCUCUGUUGAAUUAAUAAAGCCUUGUUUUAACCUUGAUCCAACAUGAAAGUGUGAAAGGUCUAAUCUAAUCUUGCUCAUGAUAAAAUUAUUGUAGGUAUAGGUGUGUGAUGAAAUAUGCCUCGAAAUACCAUUUUGUAAAAGGUCACUAAUGAACAAGUGAGAUAAGAAAGUCAAACAAAGCACAUGAGAACAGAUAGAUUUUUGUAUUUACACAGUCAUUGUCUGGACAGUGUAGAGGUUGUAACACUCAUCUGGUAACAUUUAAGAUCCACAUUUCUAGGCACAUUUCUACCCCCACAUGUAACAGCCAGCAUUCGAGCCUGUGGAUAGGGGAGUUUUUCAGUGCCUGAGAAAAAUACUCAAACCAUUAUUAAACAACAACAGAGGCUGUCAGUCAGUGUGGGGGAUGGAUGCAAUCACACACAUACAUCCACAAGAAGGGGGCAGUGACCUAGGGGUUUUAGGUCAACUCAUUUACUCUCUGCAUCCGUUCCUCAUUUUAAUAAGAUGUCCCUCUAUAAGCUGUAUAAAGAGAUCACAGCCUGCACCCUCAUCCCCACUGCCCUUUCUUUCUCAAAGCCAUUAGCUCACCUGUCACAACCACUACAUAUCCCCACUCAUCUCCUCCUCCUCGCUAUAUCUCUCUAUUCUCUGUUCGGUGCUCUGGGGACUUUGCCAUGCUGACCUGACACCUCUGUCCCUGGCUUUGGGACACCAACCAGCUCAUGGAGAGAUCAGGAGGAUGGGGUGCUAUUGGCACAGAGAAGUGCAAAAGAGUUUUGACCUCAAUCAAACGGCCAAUCACAUCCGCUUUGUCCUCCCCCCCUCAGAUAAUGACAGCAAACAGCUCAGACCAACAGGCCGCCUCACCACCACAACCACCAGAUAAAGGGUGAAAUCUUGUUGCUGGUGAAACUGAGUUCAGUUAUGGGGAUUCUCAUGCUAAAGCUCCUAUUAAAGGAUUGCAUGCCUGCUUUGUCUACAGGUUGAGGAAGUUGUUUGAUGCCUGAAAUUCAUUCUGGAUCCUUGGAUCAAUUAAUGAGUGUCAAGCUAUAAACUAAUUGUUUGUAGUUCCUGAGACCUCGACAUUUUAAAGGUUUACACUGACUGUAAACUAUGUGGCUAGAUGACAUGGAAAGGUUUUGUUUUAUUUUGUUCUUUAUAUCAUGAUUUUUGUUGGAAGACACUAAAAUAAAGAAAAGACAUUUUUCAUUUGGAAUAAGCAAGCACUAUUACAAAACUAAGUGACAAUGGAUGAGGUAGCCCCUCCACAAGCCAGAAUGAAUACUCUAAAGAAAACAGGGCUUAUAUAGUUUUUGACAAGAAUGUAGUGGGAAAGUGUAUUAUUUUAUAUUGUAUUUGUAGACUGGAUAGUUAUUAAGAAAAAUAUGUUUGUGAUCCAUUGUUUUGUUAUUGUGUUUCUAGUCAGUGGUAUUUCUGUGUAAAAUAUGUUUUACUUUCUGUUCCUUGGUUCAGGAACCAUGUGGUUUGCAGCAAUGAUUUGUUUUUCUUUGGAGUAUGAAUCAAGUAUAUGUGGUAUUAUUAUAUGUCAUGUUAUCCCAUGUGGGUAUGGAUCAUUUUAAAUAAUGGUAUAACACAAAACAAAUUCAUUAAUCCAUACAAAUUAGCAACAAAUUAAAGAAAAAUCAGAAUAAAUCAAUGGAGAAAGGUAACACAUGGAGAUAUAAGAAAGCAUUUGGAUGUGAAUAAUAUGCUAUGGCCUUCACAGUCACCAGAUCUCAACCCAACUGAACACCUGCAGGAGAUUUCUGACUGACAUGUGUGCUCUCCACCACCAUCAACAAAAGCCAAAUGAGAGAAUAUCUUUUGAAGGAAUGGUUUCAUCCCUCCAGUGGAGUUCCAGAGGCUCGUAGCAUCAGACUGCGAAGUAGGACAAAGAAAGCCUUCUUCAGUGUGCGGUAGUCCUUCAGUUUCAUGGCUGAGUCCUUUUAACCUUUCACUAAUAAUGAGUGUCACCACUUCCCUCACUGCCCCUGGAUGUGUGAACGCUUUUUGGACUUUUUAGAAUCAAACUGUCACCCAUCUGUACAGUGACAUAAAAAUAAAGGUAGUUUUCUUCAAAGGACCAUGCCACUCUUUGAAGGUUUUCAAGUAAAGGGUACUUUUUAGCUUUCUGCUGACAUUUUACACCUUUGUCAUAGAGUCUGACAGUAGAGAGAUGACAGGAAAGAAGGGUAGACAGAGAGAUGGGGAAUGACAUGCAACAAAGGUCCCAGGCCGGACUUGAACUGGGGUUGUUGCAGUUCAUUUUCAACACCAUAAAGGCCACCAGGGCACCCCUAACUUUUUCGGAGGAAUUUAUGUUUUUCCAUCUUAAAUGCAGCCACUGGUUUCCUUUUUCCUUUCCAUUGAUUGCAGUAUGAAAAUAAAUUUGCAGAGACUUGGCGCUUA